GUGGCCGGAAUCGUUAUCGAGUCGCAAAUACCACGAGCUUAAUUAGGUUAGGUCGAUUUUCCUACCAGAUUUCUGUUAAUGGAAUGACUGAGGCUGCCUCUUCUGCCUGAACAAAAGGUGUAACAAGAGUAUUUUGCAGAAGGAGCGUUACUGUUACGCUUCAUAGAUAAGAAUACAUAGCUGUUCAUAAUUACCAUGAUAAUGGUAAUUAAUUUUAUUUCUAACACAAGUGAAAAUCGAGUCUAGUCUCCUACCAUUAAUUUACUGAAAUAUUGUAAGGAAAACUAGAUUUACGCCCAAAAACAGCUGCAGCGCAAGGUGCAUCAUUCGUUGAUAUGUGUUCUUUUUUGUUUAACAAGCAUAUGUUAUCGGUCAUUACCAAAGAACAUACAUUUGCACACCCUCAAGAAACAACAGCAAGUCUUACAGAUUUUGUGCUUUAUUGUCCAAAACAAGGGUCCAUCAAAAUGCGUCACAACGAAAAAAUUGACGAAGUUCAAGAACAGAGAAGGACGAGCCAACAGGCUCAGCUACUAAGAUCUCCUUUUUUAACAAUCUUGUGCUUCAACACGGUGAUGUUUUCCGGAAAGCUCGUUUUAUAUACGUUUUAUAUAAGCAUGAUAAUGCUGCUUGGAGAUAAUGUCAUACAAAGCUCAUAAUAACAAAUUGAACUUCCAGUCUCAAUGUCACGAACGAGAGCUCCUUGAAGCCACCCACGGAGGCCACACUGCUAUAAACUGCUUUCGCUAGAAAGAGUUCAAAGAUAGACUCCGAAGAACCGUUGCCAGGAAAUUCUUUGUUGAGUGGAAGUUACCAUGCCUGUACUCGGAUCGUCUAAAAAUUCAGCACAAUUCUCUGAUCUUGGGAUGAGCGAUUCGGCUAAGGUGCUGGCGCGAUCUCGUUUACGAGCUCAUUUUCUCCGCACGUUGAGUUCGCUAGCUAGCGAGGCCUGCCCCUGUUCCGUUCGUAUGGUGGACGGUCCACCUGUGACAGGCGUGCUUCGUGCCGCAGACCUUGGUCUCGAGCAUCUCGGCGUGUCGCAAUUAGCUACUCCAAUCGGCACACUCACCAACGCUAUUCUGCGUACAUGUGAUAUCAUUUCCAUCACGUUUCAUAUCGACCAGCUCUCAACGGACGCUCAGAAGAUUGCAGAUCGAGAGGACUACGACGACAACGAGAGAGAACGACAGCCGCAGAGCACAAGUAGAAACUUAAGAAACCAAUCCAAGGGCACAAGUCUCGAAGACGUUUAGACUGGA